AUGACAACACUAGACAAAAUAGGAAUACAGGGAAUAAGAAGUUAUUGUGAUGAAUAUUCACAGCAACUGGAAUUUUCUUCGCCUAUUACAAUAAUAUAUGGGAAUAAUGGAAGUGGUAAAUCAACUAUUAUUGAAUGUUUGAAAGUAAAUUGCACAGGAGAUUUUCCACCAAAUGCCGAAAAAGGGAAAUCUUUUAUCCAUGAUCCACUAAUAUCUAACAAGAUGAAUGUUCGUGGAAAAAUUGACUUAUUACUAAAAAAUUAUAAUAAUAAAAAGAUAGGUAUAUCUAGAUCUUUUAGUUUAUAUUAUUCUAAAGAUAAACAAAAUAGAAUAAAACAUACUUUUCGAUCUUUGGAUAAUAAUAUUAUAAUUAAAAAAGACAAAGGUGAUGAUAUUAUAAUAACAAAUAAAUGUGUGGAUAUAAAUUGUCAUAUACCUAAAUUAAUGGGUGUAUCUAAAGCCCUUUUAGAAAAUGUCAUUUUAUGCCAUCAUGAUGAAAGUUUAUGGCCAUUUAGCGAAUCUACAAAAAUAAAAAAAAAAUUUGAUGAACUUUUUGGGGAUGAUAAUUUUUCCAAAAUAUUAGAAGAACUUGUAAAAUGUAAAAAAAAAAUGAAUGAAGUGUUAAAAAAAAAAAAUUAUGAAUUAAUAAGUAUAAAAGAUUCUUAUGAAAAAAAAAAAAAUAUUUUUUUAGAAAUCGAAAAAAAUCAAGCCGAAAUAGAAAAUGAGAAAAUUUUUAUACAACAAGAAAAAGAAGAAUUGAAAAAAAAAACGAUUUUAUUAGAUCAGUUUAAAAAUAAAAAUAAUAUUUUAUACAAAAUUAGCUCGGAUAUAGAUACUUAUUUUGUUUUAUACGAAAGGCAUCAAUCCGAUAUACAACAAUAUAAAAAUAUGAAAGAAAUAUAUGAAGAAAGUUCCAGUGAACUUGAAAAGUUUUCUGAUCUUUUUAAAACCGAUUUAGUUAAAUGUAAUGAAUUAAUUGAAAAAAUAAAUGACGAAAUAAUAAAAUUAGAGGAGGAAAGUGAAAAUUGUCUAAAUGCAUAUGCUUGUGGGAAUUUAAAGGAAUGCAGUGAAAUAUCUGAUUCGAUUUUUUGUUUGGAAAAAAAAGAAAAACAACUUUUAGAUAUGGUAAAAAAUGUAUAUGAUUUAGAUAUAUGCAUUUUGAACAAUUUUAAAAGUAAAUGUGUUAGAAACAUUCUUUUAAAAGAAUAUAAAAAAGUAAUUUUGCUUGCUCAAAAUAGUUUUCAUACAUUAACUUUUAUUAAAAGCAUUGAAAGCCCAACAAGGAAAGAUGAAAUCAUUUCAACUUGUGAUUGGAAUGAAGUUACUAGUAUGGAAAAAGAAGAUUCAGGAUAUAAUAGGAAACGUAUAACAAAUAGAGGACGAAUAAUAAAAAAAUUAAAUUUAAGUUUUUUAAAGGAUCUUGAUCUAAACUCUUAUCAAUCCUUUUUUGAAGAAUAUAAAGAAUUUGAGAAAAGACAUAAAAAACGAAUUAAAAAAAUUUAUAAUUUUAUAAGACAAAAAAAAAUUCAAAGCCAAGAAAAUAAAAUGGAAAAAAAUAAAAAUAAGAACAUUUUAAAAAUCAAAAAAUAUCAAGAAAAACUGCGAAAAAUAGAUAAAAAAAUAGAUCAAAUAGAAAAAUAUAAAAAACAAUUGAUAUCAUUAAAAUCUAAUGAUGAUAUUUAUGAUAAACAAUUUAAAAAUUUAGAAAAAAUGCUCCAAUUAAAAAAUAUAUAUGACACUAUAAUAUUGAAUGGAUAUGACGAUUGUAAUUUACAUGAUGAUGAUAAUAAUAUUUGUACUUUUAAAGAGCAAAAUGAAAAAAAUAUAAAAAAAAAAAAAUUAGAUGAAAUAGUUAAUUUAAAAAAUAAAUUAAAUCAAGUACUAAUCUAUAUUACAAAUGUUAAUUUACUUUGUGAAUAUUUUUGUGACUUUGAAAAAAUUAAUAAAAAGAUUAUAUUUUUUUUUGGUCGCCUUUUUUACUAUUUAUCUCAAAUGAAGACAUUUUUAAAAUUAUGUAAUGGAAUAAAAAAAAAGAAAAAUUUAUAUGAUUGUAUUAAAAGAUUAGGGAUAUUAGAUUUUGAGGAAAAUGAGUUUUGUUCUAAUUUGAAAAAUGACAAAUCUCAAAUGUUUAUAAUUGUGUCUAAAUUCGAUGAAAAAAAAGAGGCAGAUAAACUGUUUAUUCCAAUGAUUCAUAAUAAUUUGAAUAUAAAAAAGGAAGAAGACAAUUGGUAUGGUUUUGAAGAAAAAACAGUAAAAUUAGAGAAUAAAAUAGAAAAAAAUACAAAACUAAAAAGUUUGAUAACUUUAGAAAAUAUCACAAAUUGUGUAAAUAAAAAUGAAGACAUUUUAGGUGACUAUCUUAUCAAAUUGGAAUCUAAAAAAAGAGCAACAACUCAUUUUGAGGAAGCUGAAAGUGGAAUGAAAAAAAAACAAAGACAAGAUGAAUUCAAGGAGCUACAAAAAAUGAAAAUCAAAAGAACUGAAAAAGAAGCAAAGAAUGAAAUAAAGUUAGAGUGGAGUCAAGACAUGGAAAUAAUAGAGAGGGGGCUAUGUGAAUAUGCAGAAAAGUGCGAAGAAAAAAUCGAACAAUUUAAUAUAGAGAUUAAAAAAAUAAAAGAUAAAAUUGUAGUUAAGACAAAUGAAACUAUAGAAGCAGAUAAAGAAAUGAAAAAUUAUUUAGAAAAUAUAAAAAAUUUUAAUUGGAUGUUAGAAAAGUUGGAAAUAAAAAAUGCAAGUAAUUUUUUGGAUAUAUUUUAUCAAACAAUAAAAAAAAUAAAAGAAACCAAAAGAAAUAUAAAUUGGUUAACUCGAAAAAAUGAUGAAAAAAUUAUAAAUGUAGACAAAAUGAAUGGAACCCAAUUUUGCAAUAUGUGUAAACAUAAUUUAGAAGAAAAUGAAAUGAAUAAAAUAAAGAUAGAUUUAAACAAUGAAAUAAACAAAAUCAAAAAUGAAAUAGAAGAAGAAAGCAAAAAAUUAAAUAAUUUAAAAAAAAAUAAAAAUAAAUAUUUAUCUUUACUAAAAUAUUACUAUAAUUAUAUUCACCCUAUAAGCAAUCAAAUUAAUAAUUUUUCAGAAAAUAAAAUAAAUGAAAUAAAAGAUGAUCUAACAAAUCUUCAGGAAAGUUUAAAUAUAUAUUUGAAUAAAAUAAAUAAAACUAAUGAAAAAUAUAAAAUAUUACAGGAAAUUUUAAAUAUUUAUCCUAAUCUGAUUAAUUUAAAAAAAGAAAUUGUUAAGCACGGAAAAAAACUUUUUUUAUGUAAAGACAAAAUAAAAAAUGUGUUGAAUUUUUUUAAAGAUAAUAAUAAUAAUGAUGAUGAUGCAUUAUUGGUGAAACAUGAAUUUUAUAAUUUAAGUGAUGAGUUUGCAAAACUAAUGGAAAAUAGGAUUGGCGUAGGAGAGGAAAUGGAAAAAAGUCAUGCUAAAGAUAGUUCAAAAGAAAUUAUCGAUUUAAUAACAAAAUUAAAAGAGUUCUUUGAAAUAUUUAUGAGAAUAACCGAUAAGAAAGAAGACUUUACAUAUAUUGCUAAUAUUAUUGAAAAGUAUUAUGAUAACAUUUCGUGCACUUUUUCAAUGAAAAAUGGACUUUUAUUUAUCAAUAAUGAUGAUAAUAUCUAUACGAAAAGUAAUCCUUUUUUUUUUUCUAAGUUUAUGAAAUUAGUGUCAAUAGAAAUAGAAAGUGAAAUAAAAGAAAAAAUCGAACAAACUAUAAUGGAUAAAUAUGUUAUGGAAAUAGAUGACUAUAUCAGAUUAGACGAUAUAGAACGAGAAAUAUUUAGUUUGAAAUAUAUUGAAAAAGGGAAUUUAGAUAAAGAAAAUGAUUUAAAAAAUUUUGAGAUAUUUUUAAAUAACGAAGAAAGAUAUAGUCUUAUAAACAAACUAAGAGAUGUAGAAAAAAUAAAUAAAACAAUCGAAAAAUUAUAUAAUGAAUUAAUAGUAUAUAUAAACAAAGAAGAAAUAAAAACAGAAGAAGAAAUACACAUAUUAUGUAGAAUGGAAUUUUUAAUAAAUGAUAAAAAAAUAUAUGUAAAUAAAAAAAUAAAAGAAUUAGAAGAUUUUAUAAAUAAAGAAAAUAAAAUAAAAGAAUGUAUAAAAAAAACAGAUAUAUUUCUAUCUUAUUAUUCAGAAAAGAAAAAGGAAAUAGACAAAUUUAUAAAUUUUAAUAAUGUUUUAAUAAAAAAAUAUAAUAAAAAAAAUAAAGAUAUAAAAAAAAAAAUAAUAAAUAAUAAAUAUGGAAUACUAUUUGAAAAUAAAAAUUUUUUUCUAAAAAGUUAUAUAAUCAAUACAAUUGGUAAUAACCUUAAAUUAACAAAAAGGGAAAAAGAAAAACAAGAAUCCAAUUUGAAAAAUAUUAGAGAGCAAAUUUCUAAUAAUGAAUUAAUAAAAAAUGAAUCAAACGAGAUAAUAAAUAAAAUUAAAAAAAAAAAAGAACAAGUGUUGUGUCUUAAGGAAGAAAAAAUAAAUAUAGAAAAAAUGCAUCAUAAUGUAGUUAUGAAUACAAAUUUAAAAAAAAUCCAUGAAACAUUUUUAAAGCAUCAAGUGCAGUUUUUGGAAUUAUUAUCAGAAUUUCGAGGAAAUGUUUUGAGAAGAAAAAAAGAUGUAGAUAUUAUAGAGAAUGAUAUAAACAAUUCAGACAACACUGAUAUGACAAUUAAAAAAAAAAUAGAAACAGAGAAAAAUAUAAUAAAAAAUCAAAUUAACGAAAUAGAGCUCAUAAUAAAAACAUUUCAAAUAAAUCAUCAAUCAAAUAUUGAUAUUCACAAAUUUUUAAGAGACACAUUUGAUCAUCAAGUGUAUAAAAAAAAAUUAGAAAAAAUAAUAAAUACUGAAAAGGAAAUAUUAAAAAGUAAAAUAGAAGAAUGUAAAAAAUGUAUUACAGAUAUUCAAAUAAAAGAAGGGGAACUACAAGGAAAAAUAUGUUUACGAAAUGAAUAUGUAGAAAAAUUAAAAAAAGAUAUAAAAUCUGGAUCAUAUGUAAAUAUAGAUAAUGAAUACAAACAAAAAUUAAUAGAAAUAUGUGUAUAUAAAAAUGUAAUAAAAGAUUUAUCAAAUUUUCAUAACAGUUUUGAUCAAGCAAUUAUAAAAUUUCACUCUUUAAAAAUGCAAGAAAUUAAUUUAUCUAUAAAAAAUUUAUGGAGAAGAGUGUAUAAUAAUCCUGACAUAGAUUAUAUAUAUAUAAAAUCGGAUUUAGAAAUAGAAAAUAAUGAAAAAAUAAAUCAAAGAAGAUCUUAUAAUUAUAGAGUUGUUAUGGUAAAAGAUAAUUGUGAAUUAGAUAUGAAAGGUAGAUGCUCGUCAGGACAAAAAGUUUUAUCCUCAAUAAUAAUCCGCUUAGCUUUAGCAGAAUCUUUUUCUAUUAAAUGUGGUAUAUUAGCAUUAGAUGAACCUACUACAAAUCUUGAUAAAUCCAAUUCUAAAAAUUUAGCUAAUUUAAUUGCUAAUAUUGUAGAUCUAAGAAAAAACAGUUCAUCAUUUCAACUUAUUUUAAUUACACAUGAUACAUAUUUUGUAGAUGCUUUGUCACAAUAUGGAUUAACAAACUGCUUUUAUAAAGUAAGGAAAGAUCGAAAUGGAUAUUCUCAAAUAGUUAAAGUUGAAAAAUAA